CGAGCCUUGGCAGAUAUUAACUUUCCCCCUGUGAAGGUGGAGAACAGAGGCGCAGCUUGUUCCCAGCACCAAGGAGCCAGCCCGUCUCCUAAGAGGGAGGGACCAGGAGGAAGACCAGGGCUGGGGAAGGGGUCGGACUCCUUCCGUUGCUCACAGGGCUGGAGAGUGGAGGACCUGGCAACAGACACAGGGCUCCUGCCAUGAGGCACACAGCAUGCUUUUUUGCCCUUCUGCUUUGCUUCCACACAGCUGCCGUGUUGAGCCUGCUGCGCUGGUGCACAGUCUCUGACCAGGAGCUGGCCAAGUGUAGUGACAUGAGCAAAGCAUUCUCCAGGGCAAACAUUGUCCCUGAACUGGCCUGUGUGAAUGGUGGCUCAACAAUCAAUUGCACCUCUAUGAUUAACAGGAAUUUGGCCGAUGCAAUGACUGUGGAUGGUGGCGUCAUUUACCAGGCUGGGAAGGAAUACGGUUUGAAACCAGUGGUGGCGGAAGCCUAUGGACAAGACGUUGGUACCUCCUAUUAUGCCGUGGCUGUUGUGAAAGCAAAUUCCAACCUGACCAUCAACCGGCUGAGAGGGGCUAAGACAUGUCAUACAGGGAUCAAUAGAACAGCUGGCUGGAACAUUCCUGUUGGCCUUCUCCUUGAUAGCGGUCGAAUGCCGAUGAUGGGCUGCAAUGUUACCAAAGCUGUCAGUGAAUAUUUCAAGGCCAGCUGCGUCCCUGGAGCAAGUGAGAGCGGUCACCCUGCGUCCCUCUGCGAACUCUGUAAAGGAGACGGAACUGGGCAGAGCAAGUGUGAGCUGGAUCCCAGGGAGGAAUAUUAUGACUACAUGGGUGCCUUCAGGUGCCUGGUGGACGGGCCAGGAGAGGUUGCCUUUGUCAAGCACACCACAGUGCCAGAAGCCACAGACGGCCAAGCUCUGUCUUCCUGGAACUUGGAGGAAUUCCAGCUUCUCUGCCGGGACGGAAGCCAGGCGGCGGUCACCGAGUGGCGGACAUGUCACCUGGCACGCGUCCCCGCUCAUGCCGUCAUCACCAGGCAGGACGUGGCAGGCAGUCUCAUCUUUGGAGUGCUGAACCAAGGACAGCAAAGGUUUAAUGGUGGAGACCCCAGCUUCCAGAUGUUUGACUCAGCAGCCUAUGGAGGGAGAAACCUUCUCUUUAAAGACUCUACCACGGAACUGGUUCCCAUUAUGGAACAGACCUACCAGGCUUGGCUGGGAGAUGAGUAUCUGCAUGCCAUGCGAGGCUUGGACUGUGAUCCUAAAAGGUUACCAGAAUUUCUGCGCUGGUGUGUCUUGUCAACAGAGGAGAUCUGGAAAUGCAGCAAGAUGGCCGCCGUCUUUAAGAGCCAGAAUCUGAAGCCAGAAGUCCAGUGUGUUUCAGCCCAGAGUCCAGAGCAGUGCAUGGAACGUAUUCAGAAAAGAGACAUUGAUGCUGUGGUUUUGGCUGGAAAGGAUAUUUACACAGCUGGGAAGACUUACGGCUUAGUGCCUGCUGCUGCAGAACACUAUGCAGGUAAGAACACAGGAGCUUUAUGUCAAAACCAUUCUGCAGCU